AUGUUCUUUUGGCUCGUGGCGGGCACCUUGCCCUCGCUGGGCGCGCUCACGAACUGCAUCCCUUUCUGCAGGCGGCGACGGCUGGCAUGGGAGAAGAUGAAGACCAUCAGUACGUUGGGCCAGUUCCUCCAGGUGAGCUUCACCACCAUGACCAACGUGGCCUUGGUGCCCUUCAUGUGCUAUGCCCACCCCAACGGCGCAGAGAGCGUGCUCAAGUACACCGAGGCCCUGUGA